UAUGAGCGCAGCCAGCUUGAGGGCAACACAAAUCCACAAAGUGCCAACGACUUUGAGAGGCUGGUUCUGCAGUCUCCUGACAGCUCACUUGUCUGGCUCCGCUACAUGACAUUCCACAUUGAGCAGGGUGAAAUUGAGAAGGCAAGAGCAGUUGCAGAGAAGGCUCUCAACACCAUAUCAUUUAGAGAGGAGCAAGAGAAAAAGAACAUGUGGCUGGCCUACCUAAACAUGGAGACCAUGUACGGAGAGACCAGUGAUGUGAAGAAACUGCUGGAGAGAGCUGUGGCAUAUAAUGAUGCAUUGGAUAUGUACCUGAAGAUGUGUGAUAUUUAUGUUUCUGCUGGAAAUUUUGAGGAUGCUGACCUACUGUAUGCUCUACUGACUCGGAAGUACAAGAAAGAGAAGGUUGUUUGGAAAUCUUUUGGCCAGUUCCUGUUCAAGGCAGGAAAAGCAAUAACUGCUAGGAAUGCACUUCAGCGCAGUAUUAAUGUUCUGGACAAAAAAGAUCAUGUUGAAGUUAUUGCUAAGUUUGCCAACUUGGAGUUUACGGAUGGAGACAAGGAACGUGGUCGUACCAUGUUUGAAAAUCUCAUAGCCAGCUACCCAGGUCGAACAGACUUGUGGUCAGUUUAUGUAGACAUGGUUGCCAAAGUUGGCGAUAUUGAAGGUGCCAGGCAAAUCAUGGAGCGAGCUGUGAAACAAAAGCUCAACCCAAAGAAACUGUCUUUCUUGGUACAGAAGUACGUUCGGUUUGAGGAGACACACGGCACUGAGGAUCAGGUGCAGCAUGUGAAAGACAUGGCCUUGACACUGUUUGAUAAAAAUGACUCUUAG